GAAGGAGGGAAGCUGGCUGGCAGCUUAGCAGAUAUACAGGACACGCUGGUGUAAGGUGGUAAAAGUUAACUGCAGAAACAGACUGAAGACAGACUAAGAAAGAGAGGAAGGCUAGCUAGUAAAGAACAAAGAGAGAACUUACUGUAGUUUACCUUAAUGUUUACUGUCAGUUACAACAAGGAAUAUAAACUAAAAGACAGGCUGUGAGAGAAACUCCAGGCAACAAGAUGCUUUCAAAGAAGGAGGAGAAUAGGACUUUUGGUAACGGUCGUCUGAGAGACCAAUGGGAACAAAGAGCUCAGAGCAUCGCCGACCAGAACAAACAGCAGGCUGACUGGGACAAGAAGAGCUCCCUCAAAGUCCUUUUCUCAAAAUGGACCUACCACCAUACGAUCGUUUCCAAUGGCGACCUUAAAAAAGGUGACGUAUCUGAGUUCAGGAGGGUCACCAGGGGAUUGGAUGAAGCCGAGCAGAACAAGCCCAAAAUUAAGUUCAAAGUCGUCCCUCCGCCUCCGAAAGCCAAACCCGAACCUCCACCACCUCCUACUCCUCCUCCCAGGAGGUCGGCUUCACCCAAACCCAAAAGGCCGAAGCGCAAAGUAGAGGUGGAUGUGUUCCGGUUGUGUUGGAAAGAUUCCUGGAUGAGCCUGAAGCCUCCGAAGUACCUGUUCCUAAAAGCCAAGGAGUUGAAAACCAGAAUCGCAGGUUUCACGACCAUCGAGCUGACAAACGACAGGAAGUACAAAGCAGAGGGGGAUGGAUUAGAACCUGAAUGGACGUCUUCUGUUGAGAAAUGGAGUCGUUCCUGGAAACAGGUGAAGAGUCCGGCCCAGUCGGAGCACACUGAGGUGAAACCUUUCCAGUGGGGUGUUCUGUUUGAAAAACAGAAGGUUUGCAAUAUUAAAGUCGGAGAAUACACUCUCCCUCGCUGGGCCGGAACCUGGAAGAUCAUGAACUUUGCUUUCAGGCAGCAGAAGAAGGACUGGGAUCACCUCUGGGUGGAUUACGAGCAAAACAUCAGCGACAAGUUGGAGAAACUGCAGCAGCUGGAGGAGCAGGAUGAGCUCUUUGACUGGGAGGAUUCAUGGAAACUGUCUGAGGUAGAACCUGAAACUGAAGGUGAUGUAGACUACGAGAGUCAAACUGAAGAAUCAGACGAUGAAACACUCAGUGAUUUCAGCGAAUACACCGAAGACUAUGAGUCUGAAAGCUGCUCCGGCACCGACGCCAAACUCAUAAUGAGGAUAAAUGACUUUUGGAUGCCUGGAUGGAGCAAAUCCUGGCUGAUCUCUGCAGCUCCUCCAGAGGAAAACGAAGAACGCCGGGAAAGUUGGAGCUCCUGUUGGGGAUACAAGCAGCAGAUCAGGUGGCGCGAAGCUUCACUGAGGUCCCACCAUCAACAUGUGGACUUCCUGACAAAAAGACGUGAAAACACAAACCUUCUCCUCAUGUCAGACCUGGAUCAGGAGGAGAUCGUUGAUACCACAGAGUGGAUGGAGGCUUGGAAGGCUCCUAAAGGAUGGGUCACCCUAGAGGAAGACGAAGAGGAGGAGGAAGAGGAGGAGGAGGAGGUGACGGAUGAUAGAAAGGAAGAGGAGGAUGAAGGAGUAGAUGAGGAGGAGGAGGAGGAGGAGGAGGAGGAGGAAGAGGAAGAGGAAGAGGAUGAAGGAGUGGAGGAGGAGGAAGCUGUCAACAAAAAUGAAGACAAUGAAGAAGACUUUAGUAAGAAGACUGAGGAGGAGGAGGAUGAAGGAGUAGAUGAGGAGGAGGAGGAAGAGGAGGACAAAGAAAUAAACAAGAAGGAAAAAGAAAAAGACAGCAAAGAUGAAGAUGAGGACAAAGAUCGAGAUGAGAAUGAUGAUGAGGGGGAGAAUGAUGAAGAUGAAGAAGAGGAGAAGGACACAGAUGUACUUCAGGAGAAGGAGGAAGAAGACAAUGAAGAAAAGGAGGAGGAAGAGGAAGAUGAGGAGAAGGAAAAAGAUGACAUUGUAAAUGAUGAAGAUAAAACAAAGGAGGAGGAAGAGGAGGGUGAGGAGGAAGAGAACGCAGAAUCCAAAGAAGUGGACAAACUAGGUGAAGAAGAGGAGGAUGAGGAAGAAGAGAUGAAGGGAGCGAACAAGGAGAAAGAAAAACAUGACAAGGAAGAAGAAGCAGAUGUAGGAAAUGAAGAAGAAGAGGAGGAGGAGGAGGAAGAUGAAGAAGAGGAAAAAGAUGUAGAUAAGAUGGAAGAAGAUGAAGACGAGGAGGAAAACGAAAAAGAUCUGGAUAAGGAGGACGAGGAAAAAGAAGUAGACAAGAGAGAAGAGUUAAACGAAAAACUAAAAGAGGAGGAGGAAGAGGAAGAUGAAGAGGAGGAAGAGGAUGAUAACUGGGAAGAUGCAAAGGAGCACAUUGAUGUGAAACAUAAAGUAGAUGAAAAGGAUAAAAAUGAGGAGGAGGAGGAGGAGGAUGAAGAUGAAGCUGACAAAGACAAGGAGAAAGAAGAAGUGGAGGAUGAAGAGGACGACAAAGGCCAGAAGAAGGACAAAGAGGAGGACAAUAAGUUUAACGGUGAGGAAGAGGAGGAGGAUGAAGAAGCAGAGGAAGAUGAGGAGAAAGAUGAGGAUGAGGACGAUUCUAAAUUAGACAAUAAGGACAAAGAAGAAUACGGUAAAGAGAAGAAGAAAAAGGUUGAAGAUGAAGAAGAAGAUGAUGACGAUGAUGAAGAAGAGGUGGAUGAGGAGGAAGAAAAGGACAAGGAGGAAGACGAGGAAGUAAAUGAGGAGGAGGAAGAAGAAGAAGAAAAAGUGGAUGAUGAGGAAGAUAAGAAAGACAAAAUAAAAGCACAUAAUGAGGAAGACAAGGAAAUAGAUGAUGAUGAUGAUGAUGAUGAGGAUGAGGAGGAGGAGGAUGAAGAAGAAGAAGAAGAGGAGGAAGAAGUAGACCAAGACCAAAAGAAAGAUGAAGACAAUGAGGAAGAAGAAGAUGAGAAUGAAGAAGAAGAGGCAGAUGAUGGAAUACAAACCAGAGACAAAGAGGAAGACGAUAAAGAGGACGACAAAAAUGGUGGUGAGGAGGAAGAGGAGAAAGAGGCGACUGAUGAAGAUAAAAACAACACAAAGGAGAUGACAGAAAAAACGCAAGAAGAAGAAGAACAAAAGACGGUAAAGAAGUUCCGAAAACGAGCGAAACGCAGACCGGAUGCUCCUCUUCAUCUGCAGUUCCACAAACUGAACUCGUCCUUCUCCUCCUGGAAGCAGGCCUGGAGGGUCGCUGAGGCCCACCGGGUCGGAGACGAGUACGACGAGGAGGAUGGCGACGAGGUGGAGGAGUGGAGGGCCUGGAGGGAGUCAUGGAGGAUCUGUCGCGUGAGGAAGGUGGACGAGGUGGUUUGUUUCUCCAGCGAACACCGAAGUCAAAGAUCCACGGGACUGAAGCACGAAGACGACAGGAUGCCGCAGGACGAGUGGACUCUGAGCUGGAAGAUGAAUAAGACGGAGGAGGAGGAGGAAGAAGAAGAAGACAAGGAGGAGGAUGAAGAAGACGAGGAGGAGGAUGAAGAAGAAGAUGAUGAUGAUGAAGAAGAAAGUUGAAAUCUUCUAAUAGAAAUUCAGAAGGACUCUUUUCAGAGUGUUGGGGAAGGUCAAAGGGUAUCAAACUACUUACAUGAUACAAAAGCUGCCAUCGGUUUGUUUACACUGUGAGUAGAUAGUCUUUUUUAAAACUCAAAUCCACUAUCUACCUGUGUUUACACCUGACUUUACUUUUAUUAUUGCCCAAAAUGCUAUUUAUUGGCAACGUAAACCAGCUUGUUUGCAACUAAAGGUCAACUUGUUACCAGAGUCACUAGAACUUUAGCGCUACUGGCUAACUUUCUUGCCAGAACUUCGGUGAACAUGGAAGAAAUGCCAGAAUCUCAUUGGGUGUUUUCCACCAGUAGCUGACAUGGGCAAACUUACAGCAACAUUUUUGGCAAUCUAGUGUCAAAUAUUUGCAAAAAAUAAGCCACAAACCUGCUGCAAACGCUUAAUGACCAUACAGCAGCUAGCUUAGCUUUAGCAUCCUGAAGCUUCCAAUUCUAAACUACAGUGCAAACUCCUGAAUGUAGACAUUGUUGUUGCUAAUAUUAGCAAGGUGGCUAAGAACAUACAACAUGUGAACUGGCAAAAUGCGAUGCCAGACCUUCAGUGAACAUGGAAGAGUGGCAAAGUUCUCAGAAUUGACAGAAUCUUACUGGAUGUUUGCCAACAGUAGCAAACACUGGUGAACUUGCAGCAACAUUUUUGGCAAUCUCGUGUCAAAUAUUUGCUGAAAAUCAGCCACAAACCUGCUGCCCUACAACCUCCAGCUCUAAUGUGCAGACUCCUGAAUGUAGAUGUGAUUGUAGCUAAUGUUAGCAAGCCGGCUAAGAACAUACAACAUGUGAAGAAAACUAUCUUUGGCCUAAAACUCCUGCAUCAAACCAACACACAGCAGACCGCUGCAACUUAAUUUUUACCUUUUGUAACAUAGCAUAACAUGCCAAGUCAAUUACUGAAUUUCCAGUCGUAAUUCUUUACAAUACACGCUAGCUUGAGGAGAAUAAGUACAACAUCCAUCUAGUAAAGAAACACAAGUGGAUAAAGAUUAAAACAAUUUACUGGGAGUUUGAUGAAGGUAGCCAGGGUAGCAAUACCGCUAACAAGCUAAUCUACUGGGUUGUUUGUUGCCCCUCAUGCGUCUAGCUAGCAAUUGCUUUGGUGAUUACAGUUUAUCUUAACCAAUGGGACUGAUGGAAGGAGUGAAUUAUUUCUUAAAAUCAGUAAGUACUGUGUCCGUUCAUGCUAAAGAAAUGUUCAUGCUAAUGAAACCUAGCCCUAGAAGUUUAGCAUCUUUACCACCAACCCCAAAUCUCAUGAGUGGAAGAUGCUUAAAUGUUCAACUUUAUGAGGUAAAGCUGGAAUACUAACAGGGAUAUUUAAUUAACUGUGUAAAAUAAUAAGUCAACAAGCUAAGAGGGCUGAUUUAUAAUGAAAACCACUGCUAACGCACAACAAGGUGUCCUGAUGUAAGAAUAUAUUGUCAUGUGUUUGUGUACACACUACAAAAUAGCUAAUGUUAGCUAGCUACCUUUAGUUGCUAGAGUGAAACACAUUGCAAGUUUGUGAAGCUGAGAAAUGUCACCAUCCAGGUAAAGCUGGAUGAUUUAUCUCAUAGUUUUGUGUAAUUUUUUUUGCAAAAUAACAAAACACUGUGAGCUAAAAACAACAAACAUUAACACAAAGUAGCGACAGCCUGAAGAUGCAAAGCACUUUAAGACAUUACAGACGUAAAGUAAGAUUUUGUGACACUCUACAGAACGUGUAAAGUAUGAAGAUGUCGUGUAAAUGAGGACAAUGCAGGGAUAAGUCUAAAGUGUUUGUAUAAUGAAAUGUGUCUUUACUGCAAUGUUUAAUGCAUAAAGUAAAGAAAUGUUAACUUUUAUUAAAUAAAUUUGUCAAAUAAAAA